GACAAAUAUUUCUUUUCUGAAAAUAAAAGCAAAGUUGACAACUUAGAGGAAUGGUUCCUAAUGUCAUCACCAUUAACAAUAUUGGUUAUCGUGAUAGCAUAUUUAUCAUUUGUUUUAAAACUUGGACCCGCGCUGAUGAGCAAGAGAUCGGCUUUCGAAUUGAGAACGUUGCUGGUCGUUUAUAAUAUACUUCAAGUGGCUAUGUCCGUCUUCAUAUUUAGUAUUGGAACUGAUCUUAUAUUGCAAAAUGGUUUGAUAAUUCCACGACAAUGUACAAUAGACAGUGCAGAAUUAAAGAUGAAAACGGCAUCAAUAAUUUACUACUACUUCUACGCAAAAUUGAGUGAAUUAAUUGAUACAGUUUUCUUCGUGUUACGAAAACGUGAUCGACAGAUUUCAUUUCUGCACGUUUAUCACCACACGUAUGCGUUAGUCAUUAGUUGGUACAUUCUGAAGUACGAGCCUGUUUACAGUACUAUUUUCUUAUCUACUUUCAAUUCCUUCAUCCAUAUCAUAAUGUACGCUUACUACGGACUUGCUGCUUUUCCUAAUCUAACGAAAUACUUGUGGUGGAAAAACUACAUCACGAAGAUGCAAUUGGUUCAAUUUUUUCUGAUGGUUGUUCAGAUGAUAUUAAGCCAUAUGUUUUCCCACUGUAAAACAUCUUAUGUGUUACUUGCCGCGCUUAUUUUGAACAUUCUAUUAUUCAUGUAUUUAUUUUCAAGGUUUUACACCAGAGAAUAUAAUAAGUCUCAAAAAAACGCAAUAAACAAAGCCCCUCUUAAUGUAGAAAUAAAUAAUGAUGAAAACAAAAAAUUUAACUAAUGACUUUAAAAUUGUAGACAAAAAUAAAUAAAAUGAUCACUAGAUUGUCGCUCGGUUUACGAUUUAUACGAAAAUUUCAUUGUUUUCGUACAAAUUUAGCUGUAACAAUGUGUGUACAGUUAGUUACACAAAUAUGUAAUCAAUUUACAAAAGUUCUAGAAACAUCUAUAGGCUUCCUGUUUCAAAAAUUGUAUACAUUUAUCCUUUAAAUAUAUUCAUAGUCGGAGCAUAUAUUUUGAAACUGAAAGCGUAUACAUGUAGCUUGAUAAAUGUAAACAAAUUUGUGUAGCUGACUGUACUUUUAUAAA